CACACGAUUUGAGACCUCUAUUGACUUGAUUAUAUUGUCAGGCGCAAGGUAUGUAACAAAUAGUGAUUUAGGGUGGGUCACCAAUUGAGUGGCUAUGCGUAUUGGUACGUAUUCGUUUCUUUAAUCCAUCAGUUAACUGUACCAACACUUCAAUUUAAACUCUCAUAUUGAAAACAAACCAACAUUAUGAACAUCAAAACUAGCCUCGACAAAUACGAUUGAAUUAAGAAGAAGCUUGCAUAUGUUUAUUUGGGAUUUAAGCUAUGGCUGUUGAUUCUAUGAGUAUGAAGCAAAUCAAGAACACGGGGUUGCUGCAGAGUGAGGAACUGCACAGUUAUAUUCUCGAAACUAGUGUUUAUCCACGCAAAGCAGAACCCCUUAAGGAGCUAAGGGAAGCAACUGAAAAUCACCCCAAGUCCUACAUGGCUAGUGCACCAAUUGCAGGACAAAUGAUUUCAUUCCUUCUGAAGAAAGAGAAUGCUAAAAAGACUAUUGAAGUUGGAGUAUUUACAGGAUACUCCCUCUUGCUAACUGCCCUUUCGAUCCCGGAUGAUGGAAAGAUUGUUGCAAUUGACUGUGAUAGGGAAGCAUAUGAGAUUGGCUUACCAUUCAUCAAGAAAGCCGGUGUUGAAGACAAAAUCGACUUCAUUGUAUCAGAUGCUCAUCUAGCUCUUGAUAAUCUUCUGCUGAAUGCAGAAAAUGAGGGUAGUUUUGACUUUGCCUUUGUGGAUGCGGACAAAACUAGCUAUCUGAAUUACCAUGAGAGGUUGAUGAAGCUCGUCAAGGUUGGCGGUGUGAUUGCUUACGAUAACACACUUUGGGGAGGAACAGUAGCCAUGCCUGAAUCACAUGUACCAGACUCCAUGAAGAAGAAUCGAGAGGCCGUUAUCAAGUUGAACAAGUCCCUGGCUGCUGAUCCUCGCAUUGACAUUGUUCAACUUCCUCUGGGUGAUGGAAUCACUUUUUGUAGGCGUCUUAUUUGAUCUACUAUUCUACUGUCUUCAUGCUUCUAUUAUUAUUUCAAUUGGAGGACCAUACAAUUGCACCCAUUGAACAAUCUGUAAGCGAGUGUAAUAAUGCGUUUAAUGCAAAGUAUUUGAUUUAUAGUA